UCUAUAGUAUUCAAUGCCAAUGUAACAGACACUACCUUGGAGAUCCGUUUAUACUGGAAUGGAAAAGGGACUACUUGCAUUCCAAAAAGAGGAAAUUACGGUCCUCUUAUUUCUGCAAUAACUGUAUGCUCAGGCCAGAGAACUUAUUGUCCAGAACCUGGAGAAGCAAGUAAAAGACCUAUCGUGGUUGGAGUUGUCACUUCAGCCUUACUCCUUGUUUUCUUGGUAAUGGGUGUCAUUUGUUGGAAAUUCUAUUUUAGAGACAAGUUCAUGAGAGAACGAGAUCUCAAGGGGCUAGAUCUGAAAACUGGUUCCUUCACUUUGAGGCAGCUGAGAGCUGCCACUAACAAUUUUGAUUCUGCUGGCAAAAUUGGAGAAGGUGGAUUUGGCUCCGUAUACAAGGGUAAAUUGUCAGAUGGAACUUUCAUUGCUGUUAAGCAGCUAUCUCCUAAAUCCAGGCAAGGAAACCGAGAAUUUGUGAAUGAAAUAGGCAUGAUAUCUGGUUUACAGCAUCCCAAUCUUGUAAAGCUUUAUGGAUGCUGUAUUGAAGGAGAUCAGUUGCUUCUAGUGUACGAAUACAUGGAAAACAACUCCCUCGCCAAAGCACUUUUUGCUACAGGUUCAGAAACAAGUUUUCUGAUGCUGGAUUGGCCAACAAGAUAUAAGAUAUGUGUUGGAAUAGCCAGAGCUUUAGCAUUUCUCCAUGAAGAAUCUGCAAUCAGGAUUGUUCACAGAGACAUCAAAGGUACAAAUGUAUUACUGGACAAAGAUCUAAGUGCCAAGAUAUCAGACUUUGGACUAGCUAAGCUCAAUGAAGAGGAGAACACUCACAUGAGCACUCGUGUUGCUGGAACCAUAGGAUAUAUGGCUCCAGAAUAUGCGCUGUGGGGUUAUUUAACAGACAAAGCAGAUGUUUAUAGUUUUGGAGUUGUUGCUUUAGAAAUUGUCAGUGGAAGAAGCAAUUCGAGCUACAGAACAACAAAUGAAUUCGUAUGUCUUCUUGACUGGGCCCAUGUACUGCAAAAAAAGGGAAAUUUAAUGGAGAUAGUGGACCCAAAGCUGCAGUCUGAAUUCAACAAGGAAGAGGCUGAGAGGAUGAUCAAAUUGGCUCUCUUAUGCACCAAUGCAUCUCCAUCUCUAAGGCCUGCAAUGUCAGAAGUGGUGAGCAUGCUUGAAGGACAGACCAGCAUCCAGGAGAUGAUCUCAGAUCCUAGCAUUUAUGGUGAUGAUUUACACUCCAAACUUCUCAAAGGCCACUAUCAGCAGGUCAUAGACCAGAGUUUAAACAGCACACAAGACCUCUUUCCUCCAUCUGAUAAAUCAUGGAUUGGAAAUUCCUCUGCAUCUGCCCAUGAUCUUUACCCCAUCAAUCCCGAGUCCAUAAAUUUAAACAUCAGUGAAACCUCGACUUUAAUUGAAUAAAGCCAAAGACAUGCUUGGAGCUUCGUUUGUAAUCAUAUAAUGAUGAUGCUGAGGAUCAAGAUUUAGACGUGUACACAACGUCUUGUUGCUUACCAUCCAUCUUGGUAUGCUUAUGGAUUUAUAAUUCUAUAUAAUGUAAACGGUCUAUGGAAGCUAUCUCCGUGGUUGUGAGAAUUCAGGACACUUUUCCUGGCCAGUGAUUAUUACUUCCGAUUUAUGGGGAUGGAUAUUAUGAAUAUUUUUAAUAAAAUUUAAAUUUAAAGAAGGAAUCAGCUUGUUUU